UUCCACCCCAUCAUUUUGUUCUUCCGUCUUGUUUGGUGGCUAUACUAAGAGAUAAAGAGGGAUAUGAGUACUUUGGCUUCAAGCACCAUAGCAGUGCAUGCAGCUGGAAAAGAUGAUCAAGUCAAGCAGGUUUCUGAACAACAAAAGGAGCUUGAUGCUGGAGCUCUCUUUGUUCUUAAAUCCAAAGGAUCAUGGGUGCAUUGUGGUUACCACUUGACAACAUCAAUUGUUGCACCGGCGCUUCUCAGUCUCCCAUUUGCUUUCACCUUCCUCGGAUGGGCUGCUGGAAUUCUAUGUCUGGUCAUUGGAGCUUUGGUCACUUUCUAUUCCUAUAAUUUGUUGUCUCUUGUCCUUGAACACCAUGCUCAAUUGGGUCGUCGACAUCUUCGUUUCAGAGACAUGGCCAAUGACAUAAUGGGGCCAAGGUGGGGUCGCUUCUAUGUUGGUCCAAUUCAAUUCAUGGUCUGUUAUGGUGCUGUAGUUGGCUGCACUCUUCUAGGAGGACAAUGCAUGAAGGCAAUUUACUUGCUAUCAGAACCAAACGGAAGCAUGAAGCUUUACGAAUUUGUGAUUAUAUUUGGUUUCUUGAUGCUGAUUUUAGCUCAAAUCCCAUCUUUUCACUCACUGAGGCAUAUUAACUUGAUAUCCUUGAUUCUAAGCCUUGCUUAUAGCGCCUGCGCAACUGCUGGUUCCAUAUAUAUAGGGAAUUCUUCAAAGGGACCAAAGAAAGAUUAUAGCCUGAAAGGUGACACAGAAAGCCGAUUGUUUGGGAUCUUCAAUGCCAUUGCCAUUAUUGCCACAACUUUUGGCAAUGGUAUCAUUCCAGAAAUUCAGGCAACUAUUGCACCACCAGUGAAGGGGAAGAUGUUCAAAGGGUUAUGUAUUUGUUACACUGUACUUAUCAUGACUUUCUUCACUGUUGCCAUAUCUGGUUAUUGGGCAUUUGGCAAUGAAUCUCAAAGUCUUGUACUCAGCAAUUUCUUGGGGGAUGGGAAACCCUUGGUGCCAAGAUGGUUCAUCUUGAUGUCAAAUGUCUUCACCAUUCUCCAACUAUCAGCAGUUGGUGUGGUCUAUUUGCAGCCAACAAAUGAAGUGCUUGAAAGAACAUUUGCAGAUCCAAAUUUCAAUGAGUUCUCUGCGCGUAAUGUUAUCCCAAGGGUAGUUUCUCGAUCAUUUUCUGUUGUUAUUGCAACAACAAUUGCAGCAAUGCUUCCAUUUUUUGGAGACAUCAAUUCAGUCAUUGGAGCUUUUGGUUUCUUGCCCCUCGACUUCGUCUUACCAGUUGUUUUCUUCAACUUGACAUUUAAGCCAUCAAAGCGGAGUCCCAUUUUUUGGUUGAAUAUGACCAUUACAGUGGUUUUCUCAGCAGUGGGAGUCAUAGCAGCAGUUGCAGCAGUUAGACAAAUAAGUAUUGAUGCCACAACUUACCGGUUAUUUGCUAAUAUAUGAUGAUCAAGCCAAGUUUAUCACUGGCUGGCCUUGUAUCGACUCAAUGGUUAUUACUCUCAUUUAACUAGUGAACAAAAGCAAUCUUCCAAUGCCCCAAACCUAUAGCAUGAAUUCAAUAAGGCUGCAGAAAGAAUCAAAGUAUUUGAUAUAAAUGAAAGUAAUAGAGAAUUUAAACUAGAGUUUGCUUG